GCGUGUAGCUCCUGGCAGGGAGAGGGAUUAUCCUGAGCCGCCUUUUGGUAGCCCAGACAGACUGCCGGAACCUAUUGAAGACGGACGUAUGCGCCGCUCAUCAGUCUCAAGUGCUGGUCGCGCUGAGCCUGUCGCUGAUAGACUACCUCCUCGGCCUGUUGAGGAUCGCCCGCCUUUCUCUUCGAGGCCGCGAGGAGAUUCAUAUUCCGAACACAAGGACCGUGGCCCUCGAGCGGUAUGUCUUCCCGCAGCCGUUUUUGGGGAACUUCGUGGUCUCAUACCCCCUCAGAGUCGCUUCGGUCCAGAACGUGCCCCACCGUCAUCUGCUCCUGCGCCUCCGAAUGAACCUCGCAUCUGGAUGACCAGAGAAGAGUCAGAACAUUUCGAGAUGCGACACAAAGACGUCAAGAAAGCGGAGUUGACCCACAAGCUUCCGGAACGUCCGGCUAGGACUGAGCCUGAUUCGUGGCGACCGACUGACGGAGCAAACUCGUCGACGAGGUUCAAUGGACACAACAAUGCACGAGGAGACCGAGACGCUGUCAACGAUCUCCCUCGACCUGCCGCUGGAGAAGGUUCAGCUGGACAAAGACGUCAAUCUGACUCCCGGCCGGCUGACCUUCCGGGCGGUCGUAAAAGUCCUGUUGAGGUUCGGCCCCGAGGUCGGCGACCCAGUCUUGAAGGUCGACUCGGUCCAUCAUACAAUGACCGCCACACUACUCUGGCACCACCUCCCGCGUCGCUUCCUCCUAGGCCUAUUGACCGAGAGGUCCAUCCCGAGCUAGCCCCGCGCUCCGACUAUCGCAGUGCGAGAGACGAUGCAAACGUCCGCGAAGACGAGGCGUCCACCUGGGACCGCUCUAGCAUUGAGCCUCCACGUGACGUGUCCCCUACCAACAGCGCGACCUGGAUACAUCCUGAUCGCGCUCGUCUACUGCAAACCGCGCCCCUGUCUUCACAGUCAACAGGGGAAUCGACGAAGACAUCCAAGCCUGUGCGCAUCCGUCGUCCGCCCCCGAUGGCGAAGCCGCCGCCCGAAGCGAUGCUGGCGAUGGCUGACAGGCUGCCUCUAGAUGAAGCAGCCGAUCGCAUGUCGGAUGUCCGUGUCGACGACAACGCACGACCAGACCUGCUAAGGCGCACAGGGUCAUCUCUCCUCGACAGGCUGUCACUCAACGAUGCACCUCAUGCACCAGAGGCGUCGUCUCCUUCCCUUCGCGACAGAGUGGACCCGUACUCGAAGGGACCUGGCGCGCACGGCGGAGAUAGCCUCGGUGAAUAUGCGAUGGACGCCGACAUGGAUGGCGGUUCAGGAGAGGCGUCGCGAUCAAAGGGUGGGAGGAAACGUUCUUCAAGGGCGAAGCGCGGAAGGAGGAGUGGGUACCCGGCAUGAGACCGGUUCGCAUUCGUCUUCGCACUGUCAAAUGGUUUUUCACUUCUUCGCAAUACAAUUGUCCCCUCCAAGCCGUCGACGUCUGUUGCAAGGCAGCUCGAACCUCGGUGUUUGCAGCCCGCCUUUCGAGGGUACAUGCUAUUUGACGGGAAGACACGGUUGCUACGAAAUGUCCUCAGCGGCGGAUGGGGUUGUUCGAUAUGCCUUCGUUCAUCUCGCGGAGCACUAAACGAACUAUCCAGUAAGUAACUCGCAUUCACUCUUGGCUAGACCUGUAUGGAAUGUCCUGAGCAGUGUGGAACUAGUGAGGAACGCGAUGCUCUAGGAUGUAGCGGUGGAACA